AUUUUUUUGGACGAAACAUCGAUGUCUUGAAAACAUCGAUGCAUCGUUGCAUUCCUAAUCCGGUCAUUAAACCCCAAAUUUAACAAACAGUUUUGAUUUGAAAUGCGUGAAACAAAAUAGCAUUUUGUCUUUGUUAAAGGAAGUUACAGCAGGGGAUCAUUUGGGAAUUUUCAUUGCUUUGAUCAUCAUAUAAUAUUGGAAGAUUUGCAGAAACAUGCCUGUGGAUAUUAAUCGAUUAACUGAUGGUUGGCUGGAACUUGAGUCCGACCCUGGAUUGUUUACUUUGCUCUUAGAGGAUUUUGGUGUGAAAAAUGUUCAAGUGGAAGAAGUGUAUGACCUUCAGAAACCAAUAGAUGGUCCAGUGUACGGUUUUAUUUUUCUUUUUCGUUGGAUGGAGGAAAGAAGAGCAAGAAGGAAAAUAGUAGAGGCUACUGCUGAAAUAUUUGUAAAGGACGAAGAAGAAGUUUCUAGUAUAUUUUUCGCUCAGCAAGUCGUUCCAAACAGUUGUGCUACACACGCUUUAUUAUCUGUGCUUCUUAAUAGUAACGACGCGGACUUGCAACUUGGAUCUACACUAAGUCGUUUGAAGGCUCAUACGAAAGGUAUGUGUCCUGAAAAUAAGGGAUGGGCAAUUGGAAAUACACCAGAGCUGGCCUGCGCCCAUAACUCGCAUGCUAUGCCACAAGCAAAACGUAGAUUAGACAGAGGCGCUGCAUCAGGCGUUUCGACUGGACGUUUUACCGGAGAAGCAUUUCAUUUUGUUAGCUACGUUCCUAUAAGCGGUCAUUUAUUUGAAUUGGAUGGAUUGAAACCAUAUCCAAUUGACCACGGCCCAUGGGAGGAGAAUGAGGAUUGGACUGAGAAAUUUCGGCGAGUAAUGGCAGAGCGUUUGGGAAUCGCUACGGGUGAACAAGAUAUUCGCUUUAAUUUAAUGGCUGUGGUACCCGAUAGGCGAAUAGCCAUAACGCACAAACUAAAAAUGUUGCGAACAAAUCAAGCUAUUGUAUCUGGAACCCUUCAAAAGCUUUUAAAGUCAAGCGGUCCAGAUUGUGUAAAAUCUACGAAACUAGAUAUUGAAUCUUCUGAUAAUGGAUCAUACCAAAUCGGUUCUCCCCCCUCGCCCGUUUUGGAGACGAAUGCAUUUACGAUUCGCGAUUUACAAUCGUUACUCAAGAACCUGGACACAGAAAUUGCCAUAUGCGAACAACAGCUAAAUGAUGAAAACGACAAGAGGUAUAUGUUCAAAGUUGAUGACUGUCGACGAACACAUAAUUAUGACGAAUUCAUAUGUACCUUUCUGUCAAUGCUAGCUCAUCAAGGAGCUCUGGGUGAGUUAGUCUGUCAACACUUGCUACCUUCGAAAAAAAUUGGUGGACAAUGCGCAAGCCGUUUAAACAAAGGAACAUCUCAGGCAGUGACACAACAAAAACAAAAAAACUGCAAACCUUCGAAAAAUUCUGGUCGCAGACGAAAAGGCCGAAAUAAGUGUAAAAAAAGAAAAUGAUCCUAAACAUUCUGUUAUUAAUAUAUGUAUGUAAUGGGGAAAGUUAAAACGAAUCUAAGAUUCGAAGAAAUGUAUUCUUACUUUUUUGACAUUAUUAUAUUAGAUGCUACACAAUUUUCAAUGCAACAAACCGCUUUCCAGCUUCAUAAAUUUUUUCGCAAAUUCAUUUCAAAUAU